AUGGAUGUCUCCAGAAUCUGGGGUCUCUCCGGACUCUGGUUUUGGCCGGCAGGUCGGCAUAAACCUGCCGAGGUAGAGAAGGUAGAUAACUCCACCGACUUGAGUCCGCGUCGACAGGCCAAGCUCGAAGGCAACGCCUCCCCCACCGGUCGAGAGACUCUCCUAGAAGAGGGUUCAGCAGCUGCCAUCAAGCCAGUCAUUGAGAUACGUGGGUCAGGCUCCAGUGUACCUGCAUUUGAGCACAUUCAGCACCCGACGAGAUCCGAUCCCGCCAGUUUGGCAUCGCACGUCACCUCCAGUUCAAUCUCCGGCCACCCUCAGACAAGUGGAGAAGGCCGUCCAGGAGAGCCGGGCGAUAUCAUCUGGGACCAGCCUGAACGGCCAACCUCACAAAAUGGAGCGGACCACCCCCGUUGGGGAGACAUUGUCCGCGCUCUUGAAACGAUCAAAAACACAAAUCAGCAGGUAACUGACACGGUUGGAGAAUGGAAUGCCUCUAGGACUGCUCUGUUCUUCAUGUUGGAGACAACCAUGCAGUCAUUAGAUGCGUUCACACAACGAAUGACUGGCUUUGCCAACGACUUCGGACUCCCUUCCGACCUCACGUCUAGGUUUGAAGGAGUUCGCGAGGAUUUUGAACGGGUAUACUUCGAGUUUUUUGCGCCUUUGCACGCUAGGCAAGAGGUAUACACUGAAGCUGAAAUGGACAUUAUCCACAAGCUUUAUCGCUGUGACACACUUCUGGACAGAUUGAUUGCUGGUCAUACUGACAUAUCGUCGCCGGCAAGCCCUUCUCGUGCCUCUCCGGCCGCUCCGGCGCACACAGUCGACGAGAACCUCCUUAGGUUCUCUCCAGUAGCUGAACGAUACCAGUCUCAGCUGCAUGAGGUGGAUAAUAUCCUGGAAACGCUGGAGGAAGGACGCGUGGAGCGUGCUCAUCUGAUGCAGGAACAAGAAUCCCGAGCUCGAUUAGGCCUCACUUUGGACCCCGAAUCUCUACAGUCCCUGGCGUCAAUCCAGGAGUCGGAACCUGUAUUGCUAGAGGAACUCGAUUAUGCCGAACUGGUCUUAGGUGCCUUUAGAUGUCUGAUGCAUGACGAAGAAGCUUCCCAGGUCCCCGAGGAUGGCCUAUUAGGCACAAAAGACGAUGUCGGCGGUCCGCUCAAGCCUACUGACCCUAUGUCCUCGUUGGACUCCUCCAGAAUAACCUCGGCCAAUCUACAGAAACUGCAACUGCCCAGUCUAACGCUUCAAAGGCUCGAAACCCUGCAAACGCGCUCCAUCAAGUUUGCAGACAACCUGACAGGGCCGAUCGCAGAUCCCAUCGACCGGAGCAACUUUGUAAACAUUUGGUUAUUGCAUCGAACGUGCUCCGUGCCAAGUCUAUUCCGCCAGUUUGUCGAUCUCUUCAAUGUGGACAAUCUGCCAGGACACCCUCUUCUUCGCAAAACACCGGUGGAAAUGGAACACUUCUUCCUGCACAUGUGGUUCAACGACGGUUCAGACGUCGACUUUGCUCACCAUCACCAGUUCGCAAAAGACCAUGGCUCGAAGCUGGUGUAUGUCGCAGACUCGGUGUCCGUCGAACACAGCAGCGACUCGUCGUUCACUCGAAAACCUGCCUCUCUUCCGCUGCUGCGGUUGGACCCGUCCACCACGUCUCAGGAUAUCAUUUCCCGAGCAAGUCAGACGAGGAAGGAAGUUCGAUCGUCGGUGUUUUACCACGUUGCACGAACUGCCCAGAGCCAUCCUGCGUCUGGUAUCACUUUCAUCUAG